CUAACGUAAAUUAGUUGCUUAUUGCAGCCUAUAUACAUUACAAACGCAAUCUGACGGACAAACGCGCGUCGCUUGUGUGCGUGCGUACGUAUGUCUGAAAAAAAGAAAAUCUGCGCGAAAAUAAAAAGGGUUUUUAGCGGGCGAGAUUUCGAGAUCUCCGUAUUGCCUGCAUCAAUUUUUAUCAAGCUUGGUGUAAAUUACGCGCGCGUUAAACAUUAUAUGAGGAAACAUUCAUUAGAUUUUUGAUUAUAGUUUUCGUGCUUGAGAUAUUUGACUCGGAAGAUCAAUCGACCCAGAAAUUCCAGAUAAGCUUACACGGUCGUCUUGUUUUGUUCGAUACGUACUCAGCGUCGCGCCGCGACCGCGACCGCUUGAUAGUAUAUAAGAGUCGUGCUGUUUUAGUGAAAUUAGUGUCUUGUUACAUACAUCCACUCGCAGAUAGUAGCUGAAAUUAAAAGUAAAGAUUACAUCUGAUACCGAUUAAAAGUAAAAAUUACAUAACAAACUACAUGGUUGCGCUGACAAUACAUACGGUAUCAGUAUUACUUCAUGCAGGUAUUGAACACAGAAACUGACAGGAUGAGCGACCAUUUGUUAUAUAACGAUUUCAAUCAACACAAAAUUGUAUAUUGCGGAAACAAUACCAAAAAUCAAGGAACACAGAUACAAACGUUCUAUGCGAACCAGUCGAUCUUUAUUACAGGAAUUGCUGGUGGAUGCAAUUUGUUUACUUUCAACUUGUGCACUAUAUGAUAUUCUAAAUAAUGCAAUGUUAAAACGUACCUCUCCAAAUGAAAUAGAACUCGUAGCUCAAGACAUGAUAGAUUGUGUAUCAUAUUUGAAUAAAAAGAUAUUAAAUAAGGAUGAUGAAGAUAGUUCUCCAACAGCUGGAUUAGCAAGGAUCAUAAUUGUGAAAGUAGGAGCACGCAUAAUGAUUAGAAGAAAUAUCGAUGUCACUUUACGUCUUGUAAAUGAUACAGUUGGCACAAUUACGUCAAUUACACGAGGCACUAAUAGAAAUAAAGUAGAAAAAUUAAAAAUGCUGCUGCUAUGAGGAGUUGAGCAUAUAAUAUAUAAACAAUAGAACGUUUAAGUGUUAAAUUUGAAGUAAUGGAUAAAGCAUUUGUUGUAAGAAAACAAUUUCAAAUAUAUUUAAAUUAUGGCAUAACUACUCAUAAAAGUCAAAGAUUGAGUUUACAUCAUGCUGUUCUUGAACCUGGAAAUUCCAUAUUUAGUUGCGGACAAAUAUGUGUUGCUUUUUCACGAGUGACUGCGUUAAGUGGAUUACAUCUUAUAAAUUAUGAUUCUUUGUCUGUAAAAGCAAAUGAGUUAGCUAUAAUAGAAUACAACAGGUUGCGACAUCAGUAUAGACCAGAUCUUACAUAUAUUUAUAUUUCGAAACAAGGCCUUAAGAAAAUGCCUGAUACAGUUUGGGCAGUUAAAAAAAAUAUUUUAGAAUGUUAAAUUAAUGAUAAUGAUGCUAUAGAUGAUACUUUGUGAAAUUAAAACAAAUUUUAUUCUAUUGCUGACAAUUUGAAAAAAUCAUACACUU